CUCGCACAGUGAAGAAAGUCUCCGUCGUGUUCGGGUGGAACUUGCUGUGGGUCGGUUUCUGCCCGUUGCCCGUUUUCCCGUGGCUCGGUUCACGGGCAGAGCCCGGUGCUUUCCCGGACGGCUGCCCCAGCCAGGGACACGCGGGCGGCCCGGCCCCGCCGCACUACAGCUCCCGGCAGGCCCCGCGCCGUGACUCGGCCGGGGCGCCGCGGCGCGGGCCGGGAUGGAGUGAGGGGCGAGCGGCGGACAGAGCGCGGCCCUGCGGCCCCCGCCCGUGUCUCGCUCCGCCCCGGGUCUAUGCGGCCCCCCGGAGACCAUGGGAUCCAGGAUCAAACAAAAUCCAGAAACUACCUUUGAGGUGUAUGCAGAAGUCACCCACUCAGGAAUCAGUUGCAUCGGGAAAGAUCCUGAGGUGCGGAGGCAAUUCCCAGAGGGCUACAGUGACCAGGAAGUUCUACAGACUCUGACCAAGUUUUGUUUCCCCUUCUAUGUGGACAGCCAUGCCAUUAACCAAGUUGGGCAGAACUUCACGUUUGUGCUCACAGACAUUGACAGCAAGCAGAGGUUCGGGUUCUGUCGCUUAUCCUCGGGGGCCAAGAGCUGCUUCUGUAUCCUGAGUUACCUCCCGUGGUUUGAAGUCUUUUAUAAACUACUCAAUGUCUUGGCAGAUUAUUCAGCAAAAGGACAGGAUAGCCAGAGGAGUGAGCUCCUAGAAACAUUUCACAAACUUACCAUCCCUGAGCCAGGAACCUCUGUUCACCUUGGAGUGCACUCUUACUUUACCGUGCCUGACACCAGAGAGCUUCCCAGUAUACCUGAAAAUAGAAAUCUGACGGAGUAUUUUGUAGCAGUUGAUGUCAACAACAUGCUGCAUCUCUACGCCAGUAUGCUGUACGAGCGCCGCAUCCUCAUCUGCUGCAGUAAGCUCAGCACUUUAACUGCCUGCAUCCAUGGCUCUGCAGCCAUGCUCUACCCGAUGUUCUGGCAGCACGUUUACAUUCCUGUCCUGCCCCCGCAUCUCCUGGACUACUGCUGUGCCCCCAUGCCCUACCUCAUUGGAAUACACUUAAGUUUGAUGGAGAAAGUAAGAAGCAUGGCCCUGGAAGAUGUGGUGAUCCUUAACGUAGACACCAACACACUGGAAACCCCUUUUGAUGACCUUCAGAGCCUCCCCAAUGACGUGGUUUCUGCACUGAAGAACAGAUUGAAGAAAGUCUCUACAACCACUGGAGAUGGUGUUGCAAGAGCGUUUCUAAAAGCACAAGCGGCUUUCUUUGGGAGCUACAGAAACGCCCUGAAAAUUGAACCUGGUGAGCCCAUCACUUUCUGUGAAGAGGCGUUCGUGUCCCACCGCUCGUCCGUGAUGAGGCAGUUCCUGCAGAACGCCAUCCAGCUCCAGCUCUUCAAGCAGUUCAUUGAUGGGCGUCUGGAUCUGCUGAACUCUGGGGAAGGCUUCAGUGAUGUGUUUGAAGAGGAGAUAAAUAUGGGAGAAUAUGCAGGUAGCGACAAGCUGUACCACCAGUGGCUGUCCACAGUGAGGAAAGGAAGUGGAGCCAUUUUAAACACAGUAAAGACCAAGGCUAACCCCGCCAUGAAGACUGUCUAUAAGUUUGCAAAAGAUCAUGCAAAAAUGGGAAUAAAAGAAGUGAAAAACCGCUUGAAGCAAAAGGACAUUGCUGAGAACGGCUGCGCGGCAGCGCCGGAGGAGCCCCUGCCCAGGACAGCACCGUCGCCCCUGGCCGAGAAGAAGGACCCGAAGCUGAGAGAGGACAGGAGACCGAUCACAGUGCACUUCGGCCAGCAGCACAGACUCCGCCCGCCGCGGCCGCCGCCCCCAAAGAUCCAGCGCUCCUCCAGGCCCGUUCGCCCCCCAAGACCUCAUGUGGUUAAGAGGCCCAAGAGCAACAUCAGUGUGGAGGGCCGGAGGACCUCAGUUCCCAGCCCAGAACACCUCGUAAGGCCCAUGCGACACUAUACAGUCUUCCUCUCUGAGGACUCCUCUGAUGAUGAAUUUCAGCAGGAAGAGGAUCCUGUCUCUGGCUUCUCUGAAAACUUUUUCUUCUCUGCUCCUUUCGAAUGGCCCCAGCCGUACCGGGCCCUGAAGGAGUCGGACAGUGCCGAUGGAGAGGACGUGGGCAGCCCGGAGAGAGCGAGAGAGCCGCUGCCCCCCAGCCCCCUGCUCUCCAGCAAGGCCUCAGACAUCAACCUGCUGGAAGACAUCUUCCCCAGCCUGGAGGUGGACGCCCAGCCCCAGCCCCUCAGCCAGGCCAAGAGCCUGGAGGACCUGCGCACACCCAAGGAGGAGGCGGAGCCGCGCUGCUCCUUUGAAUACCAGAGAAUGGAUCUUGGUGUGUCCGAGAGGAACAGGAUUGUGCCAAGCAUGAAGCUGUCCCACCCUUACAACAAGCUGUGGAGUAUGGGCCAUGAUGAUAUGGCUAUUCCCACCAAAUAUUCCCAAAGCUCACCCGAAAGACCCUUGGCUACCCUGGGCAACAUGCCUCCCAUCACCAGGAGACCCCAGAGCAGAGACAGUGGUCUGGCUCCUGCAGAAAAGGAUGAAUCCAACCCUGCCGUUCAAGGGAACAUCACCAUUCCCAGGCCACAGGGAAGAAAGACUCCAGAGCUGGGCAUCGUGCCACCACCACCAGCACCCAGGGCUGCCAAGCACCAGGCUGCAGCUGGGCCAGCGGAGCUGCUGACCCCUCAGGGGCGCGGGCCCUUGGUUUCAGCUCUCAUGGCAGAGCCCUUCGGGGCGGGCGCAUCCCUGGAGGCCGAAGCGGCGCCGCCCGUCAGUGCCUGCGCCCGCCCGCCGCAGCCGCCGAGCGGGGCCGCGGGCGCUGCCGAGCUGCUGCAGCCCGUGCGGGUGAAGGCCGAGGGGGCAGCCAACGACAGCGAGCUGCUGCUGAGCCUGCUGGACCCGCUGCGAGCCGCGGGCUGGCCGGGCAGCGCCCCGCCGGGCUCGGCCCCCGCGCCCGCCUUCGGCGCCCUGCCCAGGGACUUGGUGCCUCCUGCAGCUGCACCGUUUGCCCAGCCCCUCGGCUAUCCUGCCCCAGCCCCACCGCCUUUUCUGCAGCCCUCCCCGAAUCCCUUCACCCAGACACUGCCAGGAGCCCUUCCAGUGUCCCUGGUCAGGCCCCCGAGGGGCUCCUUCACCCCCUCCUUAGGUCACGCAUACAGCUCCAGCUUCAUAGCCCCCACUGCCGGCUUCUACCCACCACAGAGACCUCAGCACCACAUGGCCACGCUGUCCAUGCCAAACCUGUUCAGCCAGGCUCCAGCUGUGCCAGCAGCUGGCUCCCUGCUCCUGCAGGGCCACUGCCCUUCUCCCACCAGCCCCCUGCAGCCAGCGUGUCUGGGUGGUCCCUCCAAACCCCGAACGUUACAGGUGGGCCAGCCCAGCACAAAGGUAGAUCCCAAACAAGCCCUGGCUCUUCUGGCCAGUGAACCCCCUCUGGUCUCUGCCAGGCCAGCCAAGGGCUUGGAGUCAGUGUUACUGUCCUCAAAAUCUGAGGAGACAAAAGAUCCAUUUGAAGAUCUGUUAAAAAAGACCAAGCAGGACGUGUCCCCCACACCAGGUAAGGUGGAGCAGCUCAGAAAGCGAUGGGAAACCUUCGAGUGACGCGCCCCGUGGCCUUGGUGUCCUUUUGGAAGUGACAGAGGAAUUUUUUGGUUUUUUUGAGCCAGCAUAAAACCAAGCAUUUCUUUUAAGGAAGGCUGAGCCAGGACUGCUGCAGGACCAUCGCUGAGCUGCAACACAACACGAGAGCCUUUUGCCCACAGGUCAGAGCCCCCGAUGUCCCUGUCCCUGCCACUGCCCCCUCACUCCCCGCCACCUAACCCUGGGAUUCCUGCACUGACCAAAGCGUGAGGGGAGGUGGGGUGGGGUGGGUUGGGAUUUCCACACACAGCUUUUCAGGCAGCACUGCCGAUGCACAAGUUACUCCCUCCCUGUGUUUCCAGCCCUUGGCACACCUGGAGCGUGACACAGCCACUCUGCUGGGGUUCAUUCCUGCCUCUGGAAUGGGCCUCAGUUUUUCUGGCAUUGCACACACAGAUACGUUUUGUUUCCACAUGCAAAGCGCAGCAAACAGCCUGACUUGUGGGCUGCCCUGGACUGAUCAUCAGCCUCUGUUUGUGCUGGUAGAAGCCCAGCCACUCCCGGAGCUGUGCUGUCAGGUGGACUUUGGUGGCACUUUGGACUCCCCCACCCCAAACUCCAACAGCCAGGGCAGAGCUGUCACAGGCCUGGGAACCACAGCACAGAGCAGCCGCUCAGGGAUUGGUCCUGCAUCUCUGGUGGGGAACUGGAAACACCAGCAAUUGUUUUCAUUUUUUUGACUUUGUUUUUGUUAAAUACAUCAGAAAAUAGAGGCCAUAAAGAGUAUCCUAGUUCUUAUAUAUGUGUAUCUUAAUAUUAUCUAUCGAUAUUAUAAAUUGCAGUAUAUGAAUGGAAUGUAACAAUAUCUUACUUGAUUAUUACGAACAAAAAGGAGAACAAACGUGGGGUAUCAAGGUUCCCAGCUCCUGAGUGCAGGUGAGGGCCGGUGUGCUGGGGGGCUCGGGGGGAGCUGGGCUCUGUGGCCUCGUGGAGCCCGGGGCUGGCCCCGCUGGCCCGCGGGGCACAGAGCACAGGGCACGCUCAGCUGGCUGUUCUGAGCCCCUCUGUGUUCUCCAGACAUUGCACACGAGCCUCAGCAUCCCCAGGAUCUGCUCUCUCUGAUCAUCUCUGUUUCACUUCAGUGGUGCUUUUUUGGUUUGUUUUGUAUCUGGGCACACUCUGGUGUAAAACCUGUCACUCUCGCAGUGGGAAUCACAUCACCAUUGAGCCUUUGAUAAAGGAAAUCAUCUUGGACACAUGGGGAAAUUCUUGUAAAGCUUUAUCUGAUUUCCAAUGUAUCUAUUUUAUUCAUGUUAUCUUGGAAGUUUUCUUACUCUGGGGAAUGGGAAUGGCUGUCUCUGUGUUCGAAUCUGGGCAGUACAAAAGAAAAAUAAUACCUGAAAUGCUGCCGGUUUUGGGAAGACGACAGUAUUCCAGGAAUAUUCUGUUUCUGUACAGUGCUGUUCCUCUGACAAGCCAUUCACUUGGAUUUGUAUUUUCUUUUUGUGUUGAAAGAGAGAUGGGUUUAGUAUUGAAUAGUAAAAUAUUUAAAGUAUAAGA